AUUUACGUCAUUCUGUCUGUCAACAACAAGCAUUUGACGUAAUCGAGAUAAGAGUGUUUAUUAUUAUUUACUGCGCUGUUGAAUGUUGAAUGUAUUACGUGCAAAGAACGUGUUAACAACAAAUAAAAUAUCGAGUGCAAAUCAAUAACAAUCGAUCGGGUGCAAUUAGUUUUGCGAAUAAAUAAGCGAGUAACCCUUGCUAAAGUCCUAAUAUGUUGUGACAUGCGCAACGUUAUUGUUACAUCAGCUGUUCAAUACAACAGUAUGGUAAUGGUAGUUGUUUGUGUUUAGAACUGCAAGGUCAGUCUUUGUGCGAAAUAUUAAAGUUGUUUUGAGAACGCACGCAAACACAAACAAGUUUGUUGCGUGGAAAUUUAUGCGAGACGGGGCAGAGGCACGAUAGAAAUUACUAGACAAAACGGCGGUUUCCUUUAUCGGACUCAUGAAUAGCACGGGUUCUUCAGACUCAAAUGGAUCCAAAAAUUAUUUCGUAAACUUCAAUCAGGACAGCACAUCAUUGGCUGUGGGCAGCAGGACGGGCUACCGUUUGUACUCGCUGAGCAGCGUCGAUACGUUAGAGCAAAUCUACAGCAAUGGCACGGAGGACACCUGCUUGGUGGAGAGGCUCUUCAGCAGCAGCCUCGUCGCCGUCGUCUCCCUCGCGGCGCCCAGGAAGUUGAAAGUGUGCCAUUUCAAAAAGGGCACCGAAAUAUGCAAUUACUCCUAUUCGAACACCAUCUUGGCGGUGAAACUUAACAGGGCCAGAUUGGUGGUGUGCCUCGAAGAGAGCUUGUACAUCCAUAACAUUAGAGAUAUGAAAGUGUUGCAUACGAUCAGAGACACACCGCCGAAUCCGUUGGGUUUGUGCGCUUUGAGCAUCAACAGCGACAAUUGUUACGUGGCCUAUCCGGGCUCGUCGACCAUCGGCGAAGUGCAAAUAUUCGACGCUAUAAAUUUGCACGCCAAAACGAUGAUACACGCGCACGACAGCCCGUUGGCCGCUUUGGCGUUCAGCCCGAACGGCGUCCGGAUAGCGACGGCAUCGGAAAAGGGCACCGUGAUCAGGGUGUUUUCGGUGACGGACGCUUCGAAGUUGUACGAAUUCAGGCGAGGCGUCAAACGGUACGUGGCCAUGUCCUGUUUGGCGUUUAGUUUGUGCGGCCAGUUCUUAAGUUGCAGCAGCAACACCGAAACUGUACAUAUUUUCAAGCUGGAAGAACCCAAGGACAGUCCUAGACGGAGCGUAGAAGAGAGCAGUUGGAUGGGUUAUUUGUCGACGUAUCUUCCCACGCAAGUGACCGAUGUUUUCACGCAAGGUCGGGCCUUCGCCACGGCCCACUUGCCCAUAUACGGUUUGAGGAAUGUCAUUUCAAUAGCGACCAUUCAGCAGCAAUUGAGGCUUCUGGUGGCUACCGAAGACGGUGUAUUGUACGUAUAUAACAUCGAUUCGAACGAAGGCGGCGAUUUGGUGUUGUACAGAGACCAUCGAUUGGACGGAGCGCCCGAAAACGCUGGAAAGUCGAUUGAUAAACCGGACAGCGGUAAAAGUUCUUCACCGCAAAACAUCGAUUCGGGCAUACUAGGUAGCUACGCUGGCAUCGUCAAAGGCAAUCCAUCGGGCCAAAUGUCAGGUACUGGUCAGUAUAAAAAUACAACUAAUACUUUUUUUUUAAUUUAUAUAACACAAAAACCUCUUGUAUAAAAUUUCCUUCCGCGUAUUUCGUAUUAACGAUUAAUCGAGUCGGUUAAAUAGAAUCGAAAUACGAAUCGAAACCGUCAGGUAAGAUACUUUUUAU